AUGCCGCUAUCUGACAAGGAUACUACGCCGACGCCAGGCAGCUCGACCGUUGCUCCUCCGCCAGGAGCCAAGUAUCGAGGCGCGGUGGUAGACGACCUGCAACUGCCGCCUGCUUUCUGCCUGCCUCAUGAAGCUCCCCUAGCGGCUGCACUGGAAGCUGCAUAUGAGAGGGAGUUUGAUCAACUACCAGUGCUAAGCGACCGCCGAAAACCCAUCGGCUAUCUCAACGUACCAUCACUGAAGGAGAAGUACAAGCGAGGGGAAGCUCGGGACGAUGAUCAACUCUACCGCCACACAACGCACUUCCCUCUCGCUUCCAAAUCGCAUCCCUACACCGUCAUUACGCCCGAUACGCCACUGGAGGAAUUAGAGGAGUUCUUUCGAUCAAAAGGUACCGAGUUUGCACUGGUGACAGACUAUCAGCGCAAAUGGGUGUUAGCGGUGGCGACUUUGACAGAUCUCGAGACAUUUGUCAAGCGGAGAGGAUAG